AUGGAUUUCACCCUUGCCCUCACCCAUUUCUGCGAAGCGCAUGGUCCCAAAUCUGUCCUAUGUACACAAGUCCUGCCCUUGGAGUGCGCAUUAUGCCUACCACCAUCGCCGUCAUUGAAGGCCUCUUCCUCCACCGAAUCUCUCACGACCCAGGUCCACGACUCGCCCCUUGAUCAAAACCACAAUCUACACACCCCGCCUCCCUUGCGCAAAACAGACACCAACAUAACACUGCCCACCGACUUCUCGGGCGCAUCCACCACUGUUGACUCCGAGACCGAGCCCGAUCGACCUGCCAUUGAGAAACACCCUCUCUUCCAGAAUGUGGACCAGAAACGAAACGUCAGCUCGCAGUGGCGAUAUGGCCGAGCGCAAGGCGAUACAUGUGCUAGUUGCAGCUUCAGUGUUCCAAAGGCGAUAGCGGAGAAAUUGCCGGCGGGGGCUCCUGGGAGCAAGACAACUGACGGCAAGGGUCCUAACACUGGCGCGCCUGUCUUGCGCUCCCGAGAAUUCGUCUGCCUCCGUGAGAGAAGACGAAGCAAUGCCAAUGACGCUUCACGAGGGUCGAAACCCUCGUCAUACGGAUCAUCUGUCGCCUCCUCUUGCUCUCGGAAUUCCUCUCAACUACCUUCAUCCCCUCGCCGACAUCCCGACAAUUGCCACGACCACACUCUCACCUACCUGACCGCCAAAUCCCCUGAUGACCCAGAAUGCUAUGCGCGAUUGAGAGCAUCCGUCAUUCGAACGCUGUCUUGUGAACUUCUUCCACGGGGUAUGUCGGACGGACCAUUCUGCUUCGGCGACUCCAACUCCGGUUACACGAUCGCGUAUGUGUUUCGACUUACAGAUCCAAAAGCGCGCGGUCGGCGGCGAGCCUAUGCCUUCGUAGCUCUGGCCGGCAAAGACGCCAGCCGUGCGUUCCAAGCAUGUCCCAUGCUAUGGGAGGCCUUCGCAAAUAUGGCCAAGGGAAUUGAGGCCGCUGCACAACGGCACCAAGAAAGACAGCGGCAGAAGGAAGAGGAAGCCGCAGAAGCUGCAGAGUCUUUGAAGACCAAUUCGACCAAAUACACCCCCGUCUCGUCCUUCCUGACGCCUCGGACGGUAGACCCGGACGGGCAUCCGCGUCGGGUUGGGCAUGCUACUCCGCGCAGCCUCGCGGACAUUGUGGGCGACGAGAAUAUUUUCACCUUCCUCCACCAGUAUUUCGUCGCCAUCCUCCGCUGUCUCGGCGACCAGUUUGGCGGACUUCCAUUGGCGGAGAAGCCGUCGGUAUAUCAGUCCGUCAGCGAGGAGUCGCCAUCGCCGGCCUUCACCCAGGCCAAGGCGUCAGUGGGAGCCGGCCAUGCUGACAAGCUCGACCACAGACACCUUGAGAGGCUGCGCGAUGAAGACACGACGCCGAAACCGCCGCAUUCUGAGGCCGCCACCGUCCAGGAGCGGGAUAAGCAACAAGCACCUGGCACCACGCUUGCGGCGGCAUCGUUUGUAACCAUGCCGAACGGACAGCACAGGGCCACCCAAGAAGCCCCCGAAACAGAAAUAGAAACAGAAACAGAAGCAAGUAAAGAUAGAGACGACCUGGAAGUCGCAAAGACGCGAGCGAACAAAGCCUUCAAGCUGACUCCGCCGUGUGCACCGCUGGCGGUCAACGAGACGGCGCAACGGCAAGUUGUGGUUUGA